AUGACGAGCGUGCUGGAAGCUAAACAGGGAUCUGUCAGAGCACCACCGGCUGUCCUGGCGCUGGAAUUCGCCGGGCUCCACUGCCCGCGGGGCUCGGUGGUCAAGGUGGCUCCCUCGGCGGCCUCACGGGUGCCCCUGGGCUGGCCCGCCCGACUGCUCUGCCGAGGCGUCAAACUCAAGCAGCGGCUCGUCUCGGGCCUGCUGCUCGCCGCGUCGGCCAUCCUCUUCCUCACCCUGGUGCGCAUCACGGGCGUCCGGCAGCUGCCCCCGUUCGCGUCGCCGGCCCAGGGCUGGGUGCCCAGCCACAGCAAGGGAGCGGCCGGACAGUCGCCACUGCAGCCGCCUUCCGGGCCCGAUCCGUCGGGCGUUCUCGGCAAGCGACUCCUGACCAAGGCCUCCGUCGAAGGCGGUUCCAAGAGGACCGCCAGCGAAGCCGCGGGUGGGGCCGCAGGGGGCCAAGCGGACGUCGCGCAGCCGGGCUCGCAGGUCUCGUCUCGGGGUCCGCCCCCGGUGCUCAGUCGAAACAAGCCGUCGCCCGCAGCCAGGGGCUCCAAGAGGAGUGACCCCAGUGCGGGCAGCAAUGCUCCCACUGCCAAGAAAGGACCCGGUAAUGCCGCGUCUACGGGAAGCGCCGAGAACGAAGUGGUCGCCGACGCCGAGUCCCGGCAGAGGGCGCACGACCCGUUCGAAGACCUGGUCCACAUCGCCUGGCCUCCGGCCGAUCCAGUACGGGGCAUCGUCAGGCCGAGGCGGUACAACCCGACGCUGGGACACAUACUCCAGAUCGAGACCAGCAACAACAUGACCAGCUGGGAGCAGUUUCAGACCGGCAUCGCGCGCGAGUGGCUGUACCCGGAGAAUUCGGAACUCAUCGAGCGUAUCCUCCGCGAGAUGGCGACACUGCCCAUCGUGCACGUCGGUCUCAAAGAUGGCGGCACGCAGCUGAAGCUCAUCAUCGACUACGAAAAUGGCGGGCAGGCUCUCUUCAAGCCUAUGAGGACUUUCCCAUUCCCGCACCAGCGGCUGGGUCGAGCGGAGGCGGUACUACUGAGACAGCUCCAGACCGGAUCACUACCGAGUCUGGCACUGAUGCAACGCAUGUACCCCGAGACAUACCCGGCUGACAAGUGCGAGGUCUUCCGGAGGGAGAUGGCGGAUCACACGCACAUCUUCGCUUCGUUUGGUUUCGUGAUGACCAACGUAACGUGUGACCUGCUUCGGUUUGCCGCGUACAAAAAAGCGCUGCUGGUUAACUACGGUUCUCGUGGCUCGCAGCCUGCCGGGCCCGAUCCGUCGGGCGUCCUCGGCAAGCGACUCCUGACCAAGGCCUCCGUCGAAGGCGGUUCCAAGAGGACCGCCAGCGAGGCCGCGGGCGGGGCCGCAGGGGGCCAAGCGGACGUCGCGCAGCCGGGCUCGCAGGUCUCAUCUCGGGGUCCGCCCCCGGUGCUCAGUCGAAACAAGCCGUCGCCCGCAGCCAGGGGUUCCAAGAGGAAUGACCCUAGUGCGGGCAGCAAUGCUCCCACUGCCAAGAAAGGACCCGGUAACGCCGCGUCUACGGGAAGCGCCGAGAACCAAGUGGUCGCCGACGCCGAAUCCCGGCAGGGAGCGCGCGACCCGUUCGAAGACCUGGUCCACAUCGCCUGGCCUCCGGCCGAUCCAGUACGGGGCAUCGUCAGGCCGAGGCGGUACAACCCGACGCUGGGACACAUACUCCAGAUCGAGACCAGCAACAACAUGACCAGCUGGGAGCAGUUUCAGACCGGCAUCGCGCGCGAGUGGCUCUACCCGGAGAACUCGGAACUCAUCGAGCGUAUCCUCCGCGAGAUGGCGACACUGCCCAUCGUGCACGUCGGUCUCAAAGAUGGCGGCACGCAGCUGAAGCUCAUCAUCGACUACGAAAUGGCGGGGCAGGCUCUCUUCAAGCCUAUGAGGUUCUCUCGUGAAACGGAGACCAACCCGAACCACUUCUACUUCGUCGACUUCGAGCGGCACAACAGCGAGAUCGCCGCCUUCCACCUGGACAGACUCCUAGGAUUCCGGCGGGCACCUCCCGUGGUCGGCCGGGUGCUGAACAUGACGACAGAGAUAUACGCCAUCACGGACGAGGACAUCCUCAAGACGUUCUUCGUGUCCCCUGCGAACAACCUGUGUUUCCACGGCAAGUGCAGCUACUACUGCGACACGUCGCACGCCAUCUGCGGAAACCCGGACAUGCUGGAAGGCAGCUUUGCCGUGUUCCUUCCCUCCAAGGACCUCGCGCCUCGGAAAUCCUGGAGGCACCCCUGGCGAAGGUCGUACCACAAGCGGCGGAAAGCCAAGUGGGAGCUGGACGACGACUAUUGCGUCCAAGUGCGUAGCACGCCCCCUUACGACCGGGGGCGGCGGCUGCCAGACCUCAUGGAUAUGGCAGUCUUCGAUUUCCUCAUAGGCAACAUGGACCGUCAUCACUACGAGACGUUUCUCUCAUUCGGCAACAACUCCUCGCCACUGCACCUCGAUCACGGACGAGGCUUUGGCAAGCCCAACCACGACGAGCUGAGUAUCCUGGCUCCGCUGUACCAGUGUUGCCUGCUUCGGCGCUCCACACUACGGCGGCUUCUGUCGUUCCACAACGGACCGGAACCGCUGAGCGCCGCCAUGCGUCGCUCCCUGCGCCGGGACCCUGUGAACCCCGUGCUGACAGAGUCUCACCUUCGCGCCCUCGACCGGCGCGUCCAGCUGGUGCUCGAGGUGGUGCGCGAGUGCGUGGCCGACCGGUCGGCCGCCGAGGUGGUCAUCGUGGACGACGCCUGAAAAGCGCUCCCUCCAUCCACCUUAGCUUGUACGCCGGUUCUCAAACUUCCAGUACAUAUCAGGUCUCUGCUAUCCACGGUCAGGAUAUCAGAGGGACACCGGCCGUGCCGACCAGGAUUCAUCUGCUUCCUCUGGCGCACUCCCGUCAAGAACCCGGUGUGACGUCGGCGUCUUCUAAAGACACGUGACCACUGCUCCGCUCUCGCUGGUCGAAAGCGGUGCACACGCACAAAGCACCUCGA